UACGUACAAAAAGAAUCUAAUGGUAUUGUUAUUUUAAUUGCAACUCAAAUGGAACAAAAAGAAUGCAAACAUGGCAUUUAAUUUAAAUUUGUAAUUUGCGUCUUUAUGAGCGUUCUAUAAUGCAACAACAAUAUUGUUCUAAGAAAAAGGAACAGGUCGCGACUCGUAUCAUCGUUGAAAAUGAUUGAAACUUAAUAGUAUUACCGGCAUACGUUCAUCAGAAAAACGUAAUUAUGCGACAAGACAUUUCGUAUGUAAUGAGCACAGAAAAUAAAAAACGACAGUUUCCACAGAAUUUGAUAAUAAACGAGACCAUACCAGGGAAUAAUACAGACGAAGAAAUUCAACAUUUUCUUUCCGAAAGACAUUUAUAUGACGUGAAUUCGCUCAACGAGUACGGGCAUUCGCCUUUGUGCACAGCUGUUCAUGCUGGAAGCAUGAAAUUUGUGAAAACUCUUGUGGAAAUAGGAGCUGACGUGAAUCUUAAAGAUAACGAUGGCUGGACAGCGCUGCAUUUCGCAACGGCAACGAAGCAGUACGACAUUGCAAAAUACCUCAUGACAGUCGGAGCAGACAUGAAAGCCACAACGAACGACGGCCUUAAACCAUUGGAGUUUGUCAAAGAUAAAAACAUUAAGAUAUUCUUAGCAAAGUAUGGCACGCGAUGUGACAUGAGUAAUUUAAAAACAUCGUAUUGCUGAUAUAAAGUAUGCACAACACGUACAUCAGGAAGUAUUUCAUAAUUAUAAUGUAGAUACAAGUUCUUUAGAGAAAAUUUAUAACGUCAAUGAUGGGCUAAAAGGCACACCAACCUAGAAAAAAUUAGGGCAGUAGAUGCAAUUAGGAAAUACGGCGAUGAAGUUAAUUUAAACGAAAAUUAGCAAACAGAAAUAUCGCUUUUUGUUUGCUUUGUUCUCAAGUGAAAUUGGCCAACUGCUUAAAAAUAGUUUUUGGUUAUGCAGGUGAACAAAACAAAAAACUUUCCGAAACAUAAGGCAAUAAUAAAACUCCAUAAAAAACAACAUGUAUCCCUAACGUGUAACGUGUUGAAAGGCAUUCGGCACCUGAAGCAACAUAAAUCGGCUUCAUUCAAAUGAUUUUCGCGUGAACCAGAUUUCGAUGACUGACCCUACAUUUAUUGGGACCUACGUACACUAGGUAUCGUGACUAUCGUCGCGUCCUUGUGCAUAAACUAUGCAUUGUAAAUUGUGUUGUGAAAUUCGUAAUUGUGAUUAAAACAUGCCUUCGCGUGAUAAAAGGUACGGAGCAACGCAUGUACCAACCAAAUAUUAUUAAAAUAACCAAGAAAAAAUCUUCAAUACCAAGCAACAGUUCCAAUUUUGUCUUGCCUGGGCCUAUGUCUUGAGUUCGUUGAUUGAAUUCACGAGAUCCCGAAUCUAGAAAUUUAAUCAGUAUAAGGAUUUUUUCAGUAACCGAUAUCUAUACGAUGUUAUCUUUAGGGAAUAGGAAUAUUAUCAUUAGAAACGUUUUCAAAUAACGAUUGUAACAAAUGUUCAUUCAGUAGACAUGUUUUCAAAACAUAUAAAAGUAUAAAAGGAAUGAAUGUCGUCAAUACACGUAUGUAGUCGCCGAUCACGUACGUACUCGCCGAUCACGUAUGUAGUCGCUGAUCACGUAUGUAGUCGCUGAUCACGUAUGUAGAUGUUAUAAAUAGCAGUAAAUACACGAAUAACACAGUUGCAGAGCUAACGUUUGUCAAAACAAAUUAUAGCUGCUCAAUUUUCAACUCAAAAUACCUUAAGAAAUUCACUUUAGCUAUUUAAAAAAUUCUAAAGAACAACAGUUUAUCAAGUGAGUUCACUGUAAGGUGUCUGAAAAGGUAAAUUUGUCCAAAAACGAGCAGCAGUAAUGUAUUUUGACAUACCCUAAAUUAGUACUGAAAUGACGUACGUGGUGUUUAACGAGUUUCAAUAAGAAUAUAGGUACAAGAACAAAUGUAGUCGAAAAAUUUUGUAGAUAAAAAAUGUUAAUGAACAGGAAAGUUCACAAUAA